GCCCCUCACCGAAGAGGAUGGCGUUAAAACAGAUUUCCAGCAACAGGUGCUUUGGUGGGCUCCAGAAAGUUUUUGAACAUAGCAGUGUUGAGCUGAAAUGUAAAAUGAAAUUUGCUGUCUACUUACCACCCCAGGCUGAGAGUGGAAAGUGCCUCUACUGGCUGGCUGGUUUAACUUGCACAGAACAAAAUUUCGUAUCAAAGUCCGGCUAUCAGCAAGCUUCCUCCGAACACAGCCUUGUGGUCAUUGCUCCUGAUACCAGCCCCUGUGACUGCAAUAUUAAAGGAGAAGAGGACAGCUGGGACUUCAGCACUGGUGCUGGGUUCUACAUCAAUGCCACUGAAGAUCCUUGGAAAGCGAACUACAGAAUGGACUCUUACGUAACAGUAACAGAGGAGCUUCCACAACUCAUAAAUGCCAAUUUUCCAGUGAACCCACAGAGGAUGUCCAUCUUUGGUCACUCCAUGGGAGGCUAUGAAGCUCUGAUUUGUGCUUUGAAGAAUCCUGGAAAAUACAGAUCUGUGUCAGCAUUUGCUCCAAUUUGCAACCCUGUACUCUGUCCUUGGGGCAAAAAAACUUUUAAUGGCUAUUUGGGACCCGAUGAAAGUAAAUGGAAGGCAUAUGAUGUGACCUGUCUCAUGAAGUCCUACUCAGGUUCCCAGAUUGACAUCUUAAUUGAUCAAGGAAAAGAUGACGAGUUUCUUUCAAAUGGGCAGUUACUCUCUGAUAACUUCAUAGCUGCCUGCACAGAAAAGAAAAUCCCUGUUGUUUUUAGGCUAUAAGAAGGUUAUGAUCAUAGCUACUACUUCAUCGCAACCUUCAUCACUGACCAUAUUAGGCAUCAUGCAAAGUACCUGAAUGCAUGAACAGCUUCAGACAAGAGAAUGUCACCAGGAUGCUCAAAGUUGGAAUCAACAGGAUUGCUGACUAAAAGAUUUUGGAUUUCCUCUCAAAAGAACACGUUUCUGCAGCUGAAUCGCUUUUCUGAAUAAAUACACC